UCCCUCUCGUGCGUGGUGCGCGCGACUCCCGCCAACACCACGCGCUGUGUGGUGAAUAAAACAAAAAAUAAUAAAAAAUUAAACAUUUUUUUAAGGGAUUUUCUCGAUAAAACUUCCCGCAUGUGGAUAAUCCCGUGACCUGAGGUGUUGAAUAUAUAUCUCAGAGUUCAGCCACAAAAUGGAGGAAUGAUUUCCACAAGCGACGUUGAUCUGCGCACUCAACCAUGCAGAGCGAUUACUGAAUUCCAGGGAAUAAACUACUGACCAACAGGGCAGCACUGGGCUUGCAUGAUGGACUGAAUGCUGACCAAGUGACCAUGAGAGCGAAGUGCUCUACUAAUGGAUGAAGAAGUAGCGAGUGCACGGUGCAGUGUAAAGGACAGUUUCUCUCUGAUGGAGCUCUGACACACAAGACGCUCAAUGGAGGACCGGGACCGCAGUCGCUCUCCAUCACGCAGGACCAGCAAAGUGGAGCAGGUGGUAGGACGCUGGCUUCGUCGUUCCAGAGAGUCCACCAGCAGAGAGCGCGUGUUGGACGAUGACGGCCGAGGAGCCGAUGCCAGUCCUCAGGAUCAUAGAAGCUCUUUGAUCAGAGUGACCGUUCAGAUCCCACUCGACCCUGACCUCAAGUCCCAUGGGUUCACCGUGUCCACACACGCUCCAGCACAGGUGGAGGAGGUUGUCGCAGGGGGUCCUGCAGAUGGCAAACUCUUACCCGGUGACCAGCUCGUAAAAAUCAACACGGUUACAGUUGAUGAUCUGUCCACAGAGCAAACUGUCGACAUUAUCAAGGAGUGCCAGGACACCAUAACAAUGACAGUCCUCAGAAUAACAGUGGGGCCGAAGUCAUCCUUCAUUACCCCAGAGAAGAGGGCUAAGCUAAAAUCCAACCCGGUUAAGGUGCGCUUCGCUGAGGAAGUGGUCGUUAACGGCCACUCGCAGGGUAACUCUCUGCUCUUCCUGCCCAAUGUCCUGAAGGUCUAUUUAGAGAACGGUCAGACCAAAGCCUUCAAAUUCGAGCCCAAAACCACCGUUAAGGACAUUGUGAUGACUCUGAAACAGAAGCUGUCCAUAUCCCGCAUUGAGCACUUCUCCCUGGUGCUAGAGCAGCAGUACAGCAUCGCCAAACUCUUCCUGCUGCACGAGGACGAGCUGAUACAAGAAGUGGUCCGGAAAAGAGAGACUCAUGACUACAGAUGUCUGUUUCGUGUCUGCUUCGUCCCCAAAUAUCCACAAGAGCUGUUGGAGGAUGACCCUGUGGCCUUCGAGUAUCUCUACUUACAGAGUGUGAGCGAUGUGUUACAGGAGAGGUUUGCUGUGGAGAUGAAGUGUAACACGGCGCUCAGACUGGCGGCUCUGCACAUACAGGAGAGACUCGCCAGCACCGGCCAGUCUCACAAAACGCCGCUAAAGACCGUGGUGAAGGACUGGGGUAUCGAAAGCUUUGUCUCCAGCACCCUGCUGAGGAACAUGAGAGAGAAGGACUUGAGAAAAGCCGUCAGUUUACACCUGAAGAGGAUCAUUUUACAGGAGCACAAGCAUAAGGCAAUGACAGUAAACCAGGCCAGACUCAACUACCUGAGCGAGAUGUCUGAACUCAAGUCUUUUGGGGGAAAAUCAUUUAGUGCCACCAUGAUGCUACAGGACCGAGAGUCUACGGUGAGCUUGUUGGUGGGUGCACAGUACGGGGUGAGUCAGGUGAUCAAUCACAAGCUGAGCAUCAUGACCACACUGGCGGAGUUCUCCAGCAUCACCAGGGUGGAGCUGGUCACAGAGUCAGAGCGUGUUAGCCUGGUCAAGAUCUACAUGCAGGACAUUAAGCCCAUGACGUUGCUGCUGGAGUCAGCGGCUGCUAAGGAUCUGUCAUGUCUCGUAGCUGGUUACUGCAAAGUCUUCAUAGAUCCUCAAAUCUGCGUGUUCCCCUGGACAGACGAGUCAGUGAGCCACCGGAUAUCUGCAGAGGAAGGUUAUGUAUCAAGAUGUUGCAGCGACUCUGAAGACUCAGAGGUGGACGCUUUGCUUCCUCAUGCAACAAGUCCUACCCAGACCGAUUCAAACAUCAGUGCGGUCAAUAAUCAGGUUGUAGUAGAAGAGGAAGGAAAGACCAACACGGUAGAAGAGGACGACGUGGAAGACAAGAGUGAAAAAGAAAGUGUGGAGAAUGGGGCUGGAAAAACAAAAAGACUUGAGGCUGAAUCUAUACAUGCGGAAGACGGAGAAGCUCUUGUAGAAACCAAACAAGGUGAACGAGAGGCCAAGGACGAGGAGCCACCAUGCGUCAUCAUCGUGGAGGACCCACCAUCAGAGGCAUCGGAUUCAGUCCAUACAGACUCGCGCUUCGUAAACAGCAUGUCCAGCGACUCCAUGGAUGCUUUAGAGGAGGAUGACUUUUUGACCUAUUUCUCCACAAAUUGUGUCAGCCAACUGAAUGUCAGAGACCAUUACCUCCACGUUGAUACUCAUCACGCACCAUGUCCGAGUCAACCGGAUUCCCAAGAUGGCGAUUUCAGUGAAGACCUGUGUUCCAUCGAGUUCCCUGCCAAUGAUGACGAGUUCUUAUGCUUCGCUGCCCUGUCUAACAUCGCAGAAUGUCUACCCAGUCCCACUGAGGCCAGCGAGGAUGAAUAUUCAGAACAUGGAGAUGAUGAAGAUGAACACGAGGCACCAGAGGACGUUUUCGAAAGCGUUGAGCCUCCUCAAGGAGAGUCUAUGUUUACAUUCAACCAGGGUGAUCCUCAACGGUACUACAACAUCUGCGCUAACUUAACACCCGAUAGCGGUCACGUCCAUGCAAGAACAUCUUCUCCUCACCAGGCACAUGAGGAAAAUAAAGAAGAGGUGGAAAGACAGAAUGAACCCGCACCUAUCCUUCUGCCUCCUCCAGGAUUUGGGGACAGUAGCUCAGAAGAUGAGUUCUAUGAUGCCCAGGAGAAAUUUAUUCCUGAGGAACCUUUGUCAGCACCAAUGUUUAAAGAACGUUCUAGAGAAUCAAGUGUUAAGAAGCGCACUCAGAGCCUGAGCAACACUGGUGUCAACGCUGGUGAACGACGCAUGCGAGAACAAGAGACUAAAAAGAGAGAGAGAAAAGAUAAAGAGAAACUAAAGACCGAGACAAGAAGCGAAGUUUCAAGGUUCCGCAAGAGAAGCAGAAAGCGACGCUCCUUCAUGGAAACGGAGUACACCUCUUUAGUAACGUUUCCUGACAAAGACCAGACAAAAAAUUACAACCAAAUCCCAAAUCACUGGUUGGGACCAAGCCAUCUUGGUGAAGACCAUCUCGGUGGUCCAUCAAAUCAAAGCCCCUGCCCUACAGUCUCGUCUCUCACAAAUGCCGAAGGUGAGCCUGCAGAGAUGGAAUCGAAACCCAUCACCCCAUCCAAACCAAACGGGUCUGGAACCCAUCAUCUCCUACAUGGUAGCAAAAUCAGUAAAGCGAGUCAAAGGAAACAGCAAGUUAUACUGAUGGAACCAGAUUCCAUGGAGUUUAAGUCGGUCACAGAAAUGAUGACUACCGCCUCACCUUCUAUUGUAGCGGUACGCACCUCUAUAGAGCCUAAAGUAAAAGUCAGUGCCGUGAGCAGUGCUGACGGACUCAAAGAAGAAGACGCAGUAGGAGGUAUGGUUGAAAGGUUGCUUGAUGGUCACUUGUUUUUCAGAAAUCUUAACAGGGAACAUGACCAAGAAUCCCUGACAGAAGGUCCAUUUCAAGAACCUUUGCUCAGGAAAAAGAGUUGCUCACUUUCACAUUUAGACCAAACAUCUAGCUCGCUUUCUUUGAAAGUCCCAACCGUCUCCUUCACCAAAAUCCCAAGCAUGGACAGGCUUGAUGUAGAAAAUCUGGAAAUGGACAUUCGAAAAUGUUCAAUAGAGCCGACUAUGAGAACAAGGAGCCAGAGCAUGUCUGCAGUAUCUGACAGUAGUGGUCUCGCUUGUUUAACAAAGAACCUCUUCAUUCAAACACAACCUGCGGUCUGUACCAAAGAACCCGAUUCUGGUGACACAGACAGUUCUGGUGAUCCAUUCACCCAAGAACUGUCCUCCACUGUAUCUCCUGGAUGGUCUACCCAAGGAUAUGCUUUCAAUCAGUGUUCUUCUGGCAUCCUUUCUGCUUCCACACUGCAUGGAAAGAUCCAGAGCUUGCCCCUGUACCUGUCUCAUUCCCAAGAGGUACUAGCUAGUAACAGUAGUCUUGCAGAUCAUGCCAAACCGGUGAGGAGUUUUUCUGAAGGUAUGUCCACAACUCAGGUGAGGUCUAAUGAGGACACAGAGGUGGAUGAAGGGUUCGGGAAAGUAGUUUGCAAUAAUUCUCAUGUACCAAAAGCUGAACCCGAAGAACUCUUGUACAAGCCGAGGUCACAUGCAGGCCUGAAGUCUGUUCAAAUCAGCCAUCCGUCUCUUGUGGUUACUACGCAAAACAUGAAUGGACCGUGGGGUGUCGUGACGUCACAAGAGAUCAGUAAAUUACAAGCAGGAAGCAGUUCUCUCAUUGGUGCACACGCCCAACCUCUCACAGAUUGUGAACGUAAGCCUACCAACACCCAGCCACAGGCCCUGUCUGGCCCACAUCUGCAUGCAAAGCCCAACCUUACCUGCGGGUCAGUGCUCGCCUCGGUGUGUGAGACAGUAAUCGAGAGUGCCGAGACACCUAUGGAAGUGUGCGGCUGCCAAUCAGCAUACGCCAACUGCUUCAACAGCGUACUGGAAAGUGCAAGCUUUGAUAAUGAACUGACUGUCUACGAGUUCUCCUGCAGGACACAGCAAAGCAUGCGUGACCGGGUAGCAAUGGUGACAGCGAUCCCUCCUUCAUCCCUUUCCGGUUCCUCGUCUUCCUUUUCACCCUCCUCACCCCUCCCAGCUUUCUCUCGUGUAGUCAUACCUCCUUCCUCAUCCGCAGAACUCGGCCCCCUUCUGUCCCCCCUGGACACUCCCGACUGCUUCCUCUCCGACCCUCACGGAGAUGCCAUCAGCUCUUUACUGGCCCAGCACUACCCUUUACCACCCACAGGCUUCCUGGCUCUGCAGAGAGAUGUCGACACACUAUUAACGGUCCUGGAUGGUGCCAUGAAGGAGCAAGAUUGCAUCCAAGAGCAUCCCAGAGACACAUGCGCAGACCACUUUUCUGAAAACAAGCGCAGGAUGCAUGCGGAGGCGCGAGGGUUUUUAACCGGCUGUCAGCAGGUCGUAAAGUCCGGGCAGACCCCAGCAGAGACGCUGCAGGCUCUAGCAGACAGUUUUCACUCACUGCUCCAGCUCACAGCCGUAUGCCUGAGUUUCUCGAGCUGCCAGAGGUGCCAGGAGCGCCACACUCAGACCUUGUCUGGACUCGCAGACGUGGCGCAGACCUAUCAGGAGUUCGCACGGGCGGCAGAACGCUUAGGCAUGGCUACAGAAAGGAGGACAUGCCAUGAGCUCAGUAUUAAACUCCUGGCUCGUCAGUGUACCGCUCUCACCACCUCCGUCUUCUGCCUAACACAGCUAUUCCGCACUCUCACCGCCCUUUGACCUUCCAAACAAGUAUAAUUCUGCCAGAUCUGAGCUAAGGCAUUUAAGAUAUAAAUAUAUAAAAGCCCAACUAUAGCAACCUAACUAUGGUGUCCAAAGAUGCUGACCUUUUACUGAUUAGCACACACACACACACAAAAAUCAGGGUUACACUGCUUAUGAAUGCACACACACACACACACACACACACUCACACAAAAAUCAGGGUUACAUUGCUUAUGAAUGCACACACACACAAACAAAAAUCAGGGUUACACUGAUUAUGAAUGCACAGACACACAAAAAUCAGGGUUACACUGCUUAUGAACGCACACACACACACACACACACACACAGACAAUCACUUGACUAUGUGGUAUUGUUUCUUAUCAGUGUUUUUUUAAGCAGGUUUCUUGAAUAUCUGUUUUAAGGGAAGGAUUUUAUUUUCCUGUAUCGUUUGCACGCUGUAGCCGUUACACACAAGAACCGGACCGUUCCCCUUUGUCGUCUUUCCUAUUCCUCCUCUUUUACACAGAAUCUGUACACACCCACCAGAGCAGAAGUAACAAAGGUUAUCCAUGUGUAUGUUUAGAGCAGGUAUACCAAAGGAUAUAGAUAACUAGGAUGUAUUUUCUUGUAGAUGGAAGUCAUGUUUUUACUAUAGACACUUUAUGUAUAUGGAUAUACAGAUCAGACAUAACAUUAUGUCCAAGUGAAAAAGACUGACGAUCUCCUCAUCAUGGCACCUGUUAGUGGGUGGGAUAUAUUAGGGAGCAAGUCAACAUUUUAUGCGUUAAAAGCAGGAAAAGUGGACAAGUGUAAGGAAUUGACCAAAGGGACGAAUUGUGAUGGCGGAUAGAUGACCGGAUCAGAGCAUCUCCAAAGCUCUUGCAGCUCUUGUGGGGUGUUCCCGGUCUGCAGUGGUCAGUAUCUAUCAAAAGUGGUCCAAAGAAGAAACAGUGGUGAACCGGCGACAGGGUCAUGGAGGGUUAAGCAAGGGUGAGUGAAGGCUGGCCCGUGUGAUCCAAUCCAACAGACAAGGUACUGAAGAAUUUAAUGCUGGUUCUGAUAGAAAGGGGUCAGAACCACAGUGCAGGACGGGUCAGAGCUGUUAUGCCUGGCCGGUGUAUGUUAUUGCCAUGUGUUCAUUUAUUUCUAAUUCUUUACGCUUAAAUUUAGUACUGUAAAGGCAACAUGGGCUACAAUUGGGUUGUCUGGAAAUCGUGUCCCCUCACACACAGGUAUCGGAGGAUGUCAAGCGUCUCUUAACGUUUCUCUUCUACAAUCACAAACGACUCGUAAACAGGACGGAAACCAAAACACCAUGAGGAUUGUGUUAUUACUUUUUUCAUACCGGCGUGUGGACUAAACCUGGAAGCUGCUGUGCACUGUCCGUAUUAGGCAUGCUUCAUACCGUACACAUACUGUACUUUACAAGUAUCUACAACACGGACUGGAGGAAUGCAUGCACAAACCAAAGCAUGACCUGAUUGAGUGACCGACGAGUGCCAGUAGCUCAGGCACUGACCGGUCGAAUGAGGGAAUGAACGAAUGACUGUCCAGAUGGUGAAAUGCAAUCUCUUGCUUUGUAAUGCAGUAUUCACUAUUAAAACCAGACUCGAAAUAACUCGGGUGUCUUGCUCUAGUAUUGCUUC